CCGAGGUAAAGGGUGUACAUUGGUCUGUGAGGACUUCCUUGGGUAUACCCACUCUAGAGAACAGAAGGACCAAUUCCUGUGCGAUAUUCUUUGUAUUAGCGGAGCGCAGGGGAACCGCCUCUGGAUACCGGGUUGCAUAAUCAACCAUGACCAAUAUGUAUUUAUGGCCACGAUUUGAGGGUUCCAGGGGUCCUAUCAAAUCCACCCCUAUUCUCUCAAAGGGAACAUCAAUUAGAGGUAUGGGAAUGAGAGGAGCACGGCCCCUCCAAGGUAUCUGACGAAUCUGACACUCUGGGCAGGAAUGACAGAGUUUUGUCCUCUCCAAUGUUUUCUCGGCCCCGAGGUGGGCGCCUAAGAGGUGAGCAUGAGCUAGUUCGCAUAUCUCCCGCCGGAAGGUACGCGGGACUAGCAGCAACUUCCGCACCUCACCCUUGUGGUUGCAACAUCGAUAUAGCAUAUCGUUUUCUAGGACAAAAAAGGGCUCCCGUAGCAUGGAAUCAUCAGCCUGUUGGCCGCUGGGGACAACGAUAGCAUCCCGGGCGAAUUUCAGGGAAACGUCAUUCCACUGUUCUCUUUUAAAUGAAGCAGGUGUGGACCGAAAUUGGUGAUCCAGGCAACUCAAAGGAUCUUGUAUAUUACCAGACGGAAGGGUGCCCUGGCUUGUACCUUCCCCGGUGGACAUUUCCGGGUCAAGGUCCGUCGCUGGAGAAGUACCACCGCUGGAACCUGCGUCAUUGGUAUCCACCCGAGAGCACGGCGUGGGGACCGCGGGAAGGGAGCCCCGCCCCUUCAUAACUAGACCCAACGAGGCGCGAGGAGCGGUGUAUGUUUUACCACAGAUUAUAUGCAACCAGUCAUGUCCCAAAAUCACCGGAAAGGGGGAUUCAGGCAACACCGCCACCGGCAAACGAGUCAAUACCCCUUUCCAGGCUAUAUAACACUCUGCGGACCUAUAUGAUCUGGUCAUGGUACAGUGACCUGUAGGUGUUGGUUUAGCCAGUGUCGCGGUAAACAUAACGGCGAGCUACAAUGGUUAUGUUGCUGCCGGAGUCAAACAAAGCCACCACCAAGUGCCCAUUUAUUAAAACCACUCCCGUGUUAGGACUCGCCAGAGGGUGCGAAAGUGCACAGUACCUUUCUGUGGAUGCCCAGCUGCAGUCCAUGGGUUCCGCAUUCAGUGGGCAUGUCGAUAAUAGGUGGCCAACCUCACCACACUUGAAACAGCGCGGGGAGGCCGGCUUGUCUUUGGGCUUUUGCGGGGCUUCUGCAGUGCGUCGAGAGGGCACGGGGGUGGCCGCCCGUUCCUGUCGGUUCCCGCGAGCUUGCUUUUUCGACCCCCCCGGCUCGGUGAACUGCGAGCUGACGCUCCAAGACUUCCAGCAGACCCGGCAUAUCCUUAAAAGGAGGCCACCGGACCGGCUGGGCGAGGUGAGUUGGCAUGGCGUUUACCAGCCCUUCACAGGCCACUUGUUCCACGACUUUUCGGGCUUGGGGACCUUCGGGCCGUAGCCAAUGCCCCAUCUUGCCCCAGAAUUCGAAGGCCCGCGCUCGGGCUGGUUUGUCGGGAUCAAAUACCCAGUUUCGCCAUUCGCUCGCCUGCUGGCUCGGCGUGAUGCCAUAGCGUGUCAGGAUCUCUGGUUUCAGGAGGUCAUAAUUCGCGGCCUCCUCCUCGGGGAGGUCGUAGUAAGCUCGCUGCGUGGGUCCCUUAAGGUAGGGCGCCAGAAUGGACGCCCACUCGGACCACUGCCACUGGUUCCAGGUGGCCGUCCGUUCAAAGAUGCCCAGAUACGACUCUGUCGUCUGCUUCUGACAAGGGAACUAAAGAUGGAGGUGCCGGUCGAGGCGGAUCCGGUCUUACCGUCUCAGCUGUGGCCAACCUGGACUUCGUCUCCUCCAGUUCCCGCUUCAUCGCGGCUUGUGCUCGUUGUAAGGACUGGAUUUGCGCUGACAUCCCUUGCAGCACGGAAUUCAGGUCCUGUCCUUCCGACAUAUCUACGGACUUUCUAUCCUGCAAACGACUACGCCACUGUAAUGAAAGAACGGCCCUGUAUACUGAAAAAUAAUCCACAAUUAUACAGCACAAUUCGAAGGUCAAAGUCGAUAAAUAAACUCAAACAGUUGACAACAAAAAAUGGCGUUGGAGGAGUAUUUAAGGAGGAGGGGCCGGAAGUGGAGGAAUGCUGGGAAGGAGCCGUGGUGGAUGAUGGGAUCGAUGACAUCAUAGGUGGAGGACGGAGGAAGGGCGGAAGUCAUGGCGGCGGUGCGUCUUUUCUUCUGUGGGAAACAAACAGAGAAAGGGUAUUUAGCUGUAUCUGAAAAGAACAUUUAUCAGCCAAUGGGGACUACAGUUGUUUUAACAACAAGCAUAUCAGAUGAUUUGGAAAUUUUAAAUAUAGAGUGGUCAAUUUUUACAAAUUUCACAUUUAUCGCUAGGUAUACACCUACUCGUACUAGGAUAGACUGGAUUCCAGAAUAUAGGGGCAGACUCAGUCUCUCUACGAACAAUGGAUCACUUGAGAUUAAAGAUCUGAAAAUAGAAGACAGCAGAAAAUACACAUGUAUGAUUAGGUUUAAACAAAGAGAAGAAUAUAAAGAUGGCAUUGAACUUAAAGUUUAUGGAUACAGUACAGGCGAUGUGGGUUCCAGAAGCUCCCAGAGGGAACCAGUAGCAUGGGACCCACACUGUCACAGGAACAGUGUAAGAAGGGCAUUGGUAAAUGAGGAGUCCAAGAACCCAAUAGUUACUUUAAUAGAACUUCAGAAGUCCUUUGGCAGGCUGCCUGGAGUUUGCCAAGGAGAAAAAAUAUUUUCUGGUCUGAUGAGACAAAAAUUCAGCUCUUUGGGCAGAACUCCAAGCACUAUGCCUGAUGAAGGUGAGGCAUUACCUAAUAACAUACCUAUGGUGAAGUAUGGUGAUGGCAACAUCAAACUAUUAGUGUGCUUGUCAGAAGGCAAGGACAGGGAGGCUUCUCAGAACUAAGGGAAGGAUAAAUGCAAUGAAACAUUGAGUGUUCUUUGAAGAAAAUCUGUUUAAAGUUUCACUCAACCUCCAAGUGGGGUAGUAGUUCACCUUUCAGAGCGACAAUGGCCUCAAUCAUGUCUUUGAGUGUCCCAGUCAAAGCCCAGACUUAAACUCCAUAAAACAUCUGAGGAGAGGCCUGCAAAUGGCAGUUAACAGAUGCUUCCCAUCCAGUCUAAUGGAGCUUAAAGUAUCUGCCAGAAAGAAUGAAGUAAAUUGAAUAAAUCCAGAUGUUCAAAGCUUGUAGAGACAUACCAAGAAGACUCAAAACUGUAGAACUAAAGAAGACAAAUAAUACAAACUUACCUACAAUAAACCAUAAUCCUGAGAACGACACAGCAACCACCUCCUCAUCCAUAACAACAUUUCCAGCUCUCGACAAUGACAUCACUUCCGGUCCUCCAAUGAUGAUGUCACUUUCCAACCUCUGAUGAUGACGUCAC